GCUGGCGGCCGCUGCGCUGCCGGCGGUGAUCAUGCUGCGGCACCUGGGCGGCGCCACCCGAUCAGUCCACAGCUUGCGCUGGGCGGCUCGCUUAACCCGGAGUAGGCCACGGGUCUUGACAGCGGCAGCGGGGACAUCGCGCAGGAGCUAUCCCAGGAGAGGUCUUGGAAGGACAAUUUUUCUAAGCAUGGCAACAGGAGGCAGUGAGGAGCCACCAUCUUCAUCGGGCCGAAAGAGAUACUCCAAUCGGUUGAUCCAUGAGAAGUCCUCUUACUUGUUGCAACAUGCACAUAACCCUGUGGACUGGUAUCCGUGGGGACCAGAAGCUUUUGCCAAAGCAAAGAAGGAACACAAGCCAAUAUUUCUGUCAGUUGGGUAUUCCACAUGCCACUGGUGCCAUGUUAUGGAACGAGAAUCAUUUGAAAAUGAAGAGAUUGGUAAAAUAAUGAACGAGAACUUUGUUUGCAUCAAGGUUGAUCGGGAAGAGCGGCCAGAUGUUGACAAAGUUUACAUGGCGUUUGUGCAGGCAACAACUGGAGGUGGAGGAUGGCCAAUGAGUGUGUGGUUGACCCCUGACCUCAAGCCCUUUGCCGGAGGGACCUACUUUGCCCCUGAAGAUGGUUCACACCGACCAGGCUUCAAGACUGUGUUGAAGAACUUGGCUGACCAGUGGAAAAGGGACCGGAAUGGAAUUAUUGAACGCAGCAACAAGAUACUGACAGCGCUGCAGAAAGGUGUGGCAAUGAGCUCUGGCAGGGAGGGAGUGCCACCAUCUUGUCCCCAAGUGAUGGAAACAUGUUUCCAACAAUUGACUAAUUCUUAUGACGAUGAAUACGGAGGAUUCCGUGAGUCACCAAAAUUUCCAUCACCAGUAAACUUCAAUUUCCUGUUUCGUUUAUGGGCUUUGAACAAGACCUCUGCAAAAGGAGCUCGAGCACUGGAGAUGGCUCUACACACGCUGAAAAUGAUGGCUCAUGGAGGAAUUCAUGAUCAUAUUGGGCAGGGCUUCCAUCGCUAUUCCACAGACCGCCACUGGCAUGUCCCCCACUUUGAGAAGAUGCUGUAUGAUCAGGGGCAGCUGGCAGUUUCUUACACAGAAGCUUAUCAGACUUCUGGUGACAAAUUCUUUGCAGAUAUUGCUCGAGAUAUUCUGCUGUACGUCUCACGAGAUCUGAGUGAUGAGUCCGGAGGCUUCUACAGCGCCGAGGAUGCAGAUUCACACCCUUCAGCCAACUCUGUUGUGAAAAAAGAGGGAGCUUUCUGUGUGUGGACAGAGCAAGAAAUCAGAGAGCUUCUCCCAGAUCCAGUUUCAGAUGCCACGCAAACCAUAACCAUGGCAGACGUGUUUGCCUAUUACUAUGGAAUGAAAAGGAAUGGCAAUGUCGAACCAGCACAGGAUCCUCAUGGAGAGUUGAAAAACAAGAAUGUCCUCAUACUCCGUUACUCACCACAGUUGACAGCUGUUAAGUUUGGUUUAGAGUUGGAGAACGUGAAAGACAUCCUGAGCACAUGCAGAACCAGGCUGGCUGAAGCCAGGAAGAGAAGGCCAUGUCCUCACCUGGAUAGCAAGAUGGUGGCAUCAUGGAAUGGUCUCAUGAUCUCUGGAUUUGCUCGAGCUGGUGCAGUUCUUGGGGAGAAAACUUACAUUCUGCGGGCAACCAAGGCAGCGACCUUCCUGAAGGAGCACAUGUUUGAUUCGAACACUGGCCGGCUCCUACGCAGCUGCUACCGUGGAAGUGAAGGUGUUGUGGAACAAGGAGCCAGUCCCAUCAGUGGGUUUCUGGAUGACUAUGCAUUUGUUAUUCGAAGUCUGAUGGACCUGUACGAAGCUUCCUUUGAGGAGCAGUGGCUGGAAUGGGCUGUGAAGCUUCAGGAGAAGCAGGAUGAACUAUUUUGGGAUGCCAAUGAAUUUGGCUACUUCACUGAUGAUGCCAAUGAUGCCUCUGUACUACUUCGCCUUAAGGAAGACCAGGAUGGUGCAGAGCCCAGUGGCAAUGCUGUGGCUGCUUCCAACCUUGUGCGACUGGCAAACUUCACCAAUCGGCCAGACUGGACCAUCAGAUCAAAGCAAAUUGUUACAACAUUUGAAAAACUGCUAAAAGGCAUUCCUAUGGCUCUACCAGAAAUGGUUAUUGGCUUGAUGACACAACAUCAUCCACUCAAGCAGGUCGUGAUCCGUGGUGAGCUGGAAGCACCUGAUACACAGGAAUUGAUACAGUGCAUCAACGCACACUUUGUGCCCAACAAGAUAUUACUUUUGGCAGAUGGGAACUCUGAGAGCUUCUUGUACCAGACACUGCCGUUCCUGUCUACGCUGGAAUUGAAAGAUGGCAAAGCUACAGCCUACAUUUGUCAGAACUUCAGCUGCUCUCUACCGGUUACUACAGCCGCCGAGCUCAAAACUUUACUCAUUAAAUAAUGUGACAGUAAAUCAGCAAAAAAAAAAGUAUGGAGCAACCGCUUGCUAUAAAUUCCUGUGAAUAUGGUAUGUUUACGCUCUGCUUACUCUUGAAUGUAAUAUUUUGUUAAUGCAGAGAUGAUCUUAAUGUGGGAAGAGUUUAGUGUGAUAGCAUAAAGCAUCUCAUGUCACCAAUACUCAUUUUUAUUUUAUCCUUACAAUAUUUCAUGGAGCUGAUAAUUGAGCAACUUGGCAGAGCUAAUCUUUAGAAAGAUAUAUGCAAGUAUAACUUGGCCUGCUUGUAUUUGAGGGAGUGCUGGAGGUGCCAUAUUAUGCAUGGGCUGUUAAAUGCACUCAUUAUCUUCCCUCAGAAUGAGUGUAAAAGAUCACAUGAGAUUAUUUCAAUGAAAAAUAGGGAGUUCUCCCAACAUUAAUCUGUUAUCCAAUAUUAAAAAAAGAUUGUAUAUGGAGUUGUAUCAUCAUUGUAUAUGGAGCUUGCCAUGUGCAAUUUGUCUCUCCAUGCUAGUGCCUGCAGACCAAAUAUACAUCAGUGGAUUUAAAGUGCCUUGAGCUGCCCUGAGAUUGCAAAAGUGCUUUACCAUCCUAGAAGCCGGUACAAUAGCCCAUGGCAGACAUAUUUUCCACUCUUUCAACAUGGUUCUCCAAGCUGAAUCCCAUCUGUAGCAGUGAUGCACAUUCCACCAGAACUCCCUGAGGCACAUCCACCCAUGAAGCAAGAAAUAUUCUCUGCCCCGUGUGAAAAAAAUGUAGAUUUCCUCAAACUAUUUCCAUUUUCUCUUACUCAACGCCACAGUUAGUGUGUAACUUGGAUUGUCGGUCGCGAUUCUUCUUCCAUUUGCACAGUGCUCCAAUCCCUGGCACCAUCAUUAUUCUCCUUGGUCAGCACUGAAGAUAAUGAAUAUAUGAAUUACAACGCGGGGACCCAGAGCACAUCCCCACUGAUUCUUCCUGUGGAUGUAAAUUGAACAUCAAAUUCAAAUGCCUCGUUAGUGGAGAAUGACUUUUCUUUUAAAUUGUUGGGUCAAUGUAAUGUAUCUCUCAUGAUUUCCAAAACUGAAACAAACUCGAGGGUGGUGAUUAAAGCAAUGAACAAUGUAAUGCCUUUGAAAAGAACAAUUGCCCUAAGAUGAGCUGCAAAUAAACACAAUUUCCCUGUGGA